CAGAGACAGUAACAGUGUGUGACAAAGCAGGAGCUUUAAUAUCUUUCUGAAGUGGAGUUGGUGUGGAGAUCUGGGAGUGUGAACUCAAGAUGAAGAUCCUCCUCAUCUUCACCCUCUGCCUGAUCUCAGGGCUCACCGUAGAGGACACUGGGACGUACCAGUGUGGAGUUGAUAAAAAUGAGAAAGACAUUUACCCAUCAGUGGAAUGGAAGGUAAAGGAAGUUUCAGGGGGUUUGAUCUCUAGAGAAGUGAGUGCAUAUGCAGGGGGAGGAAUCAACAUCAAAUGGAGAUAUGAGGAUGAAUAUAAAGACAAACCAAAAUCUUUCUGUAAGAUCGGAACACAACAAUGGUGUUUUAAUCGAACAGAAACAAAACUAAACAGGAAAUGGUCACAUGAUGGCAGAUUCGCAGUUCAUGACAACAGAAGUGCAGGAUUCUUCAAUGUGUUUAUCAGACAGCUGAUUACGGAGGACACUGGAACAUACGUGUGUGCUGUUGCUGUGUCUGAUGAAAUAAAGACCUGCACUGUAGUGAAGCUGAAUGUAACAGAAGAUCUGUCCUAUGAGAAGUCCAUCAGCAAGACUGUCCAUGUAGGAGGAGAUUUGAACUUCAGCUGUAAAUACCCAGAAUCCCUCAGUGGCAACAAGUUUCUCUGCAAGAGGCUGCAAACUGCUGCUUGUCCUCAAAAAACAUCUGUUAAAGAAAGUAGGAAAGAUGUAAAUAUGGGGAAGUUCUCCCUGUAUGAUGACAGUGCAGAAAAAAUCUUCAAUGUGAGUAUUAGAAAUGUAACUGAGCAGGACUCUGGGGAAUACUGGUGUGGAGCCUCCUGGAAAUCUGAUGGAUACAAGGUUUAUUUCACACAGAUCAACCUGACAGUUACUGAGCCACGUGUCUCAGGUUCAACCUCAAAACCAACACAACCUUCAUCAUCAUCAUCAUCACCGUCACCAUCGUUGGCAUCAUCAUCAUCAUCAUCAUCUGACCUUAUACAAGCUUCUCCUCCUGCAGGAUUACCAGCUUCCACUGUGAUCACUGUGUCUGUAAUUCUGCUGCUGCUGUUCCUGAUUGGAAUCAUAUUGCUCACUUUGACUCUACAAAAGAGACAUAAGAUGCAAGGGUUUAUGCUCUUGCCCAGUGCUGAUGGGUUUGACUACAACUAUCCGCACCGGAGCCUGCGAGCAUACUCACGCUAA